GUCCUGUUGACCAGAAAACAACAGUCUUCACUUCUUCUCCUGGGUUCAGAUAGCUUUUUCAAGAUCAAGCAUUGAAGGAAAAAGGAUUUUGGGUUGUGCUAACAUGGCAUCUCUGAAAACUGUGCUUUGUGUGGGAGUCUGUCUGUCUGCUUGGAUCAUCACUACUGCAGAUGAGACGUUCAAAGCAGAGAAUGUACGCUGGUUUUCUCUGGACUUUAAAACCAUCCUCAUCUGGACUACCAAACCAUCUGACCACAAAUACACAGUAUCCUACUCUAGGGAUGGCGGUGACUGGAUAGGUUGUCCUGACUGCUUCAAGGUGUCAGAAUCAGAAUGUGAUCUGACCACCUACCUCCAACCCUAUGACAGGACCUACUCUGCUAAAGUCCAAACAUAUCCUUUGAGCGAUUACGAUUACGAUGACCCGGAUGAGUUCCCUCACACUAAUUCCCAGACCUUCAACCCCUAUAUAGAGAGUAACAUCAGUGCUGCGGUUUUCACUGUGAACAUUGUAAAUGAGAGCAGCGUAAAUGUCAGCAUCACAGAUCCUCUGACCAGCAUCCAUCGGGGUGUGAAUCAGCUCAGCAUCAGAGACAUUUUCAAAAAUGACCUCAAGUAUAAGAUCAGCUACCACAAGUCUGGUAGUACAGGCAAGAAAGACAUCACAUCAGACUCCAGCACAGCACAGGUGUCGGAGCUGGAGGCAGGCCUGAGUUAUUGCUUCAUGGUGGCAGCUUUCAUCCCCUCCAGACCCAUAGCCACCCAGCAGGGGGCCUGGAGCAUGCGGAAGUGUACACCUGGAGACGGUAACAUCCUUCAAGAGUUGAGUCUUGGAACAUGGGUCGGCAUAACCUUCAUCCUGCUCACAGUCCUCAUCGCCAUCGUCACGGUGACGGUCCUCUGCUGCAGAUGCUGCCGACAGAGAAACACCUCUCAAUUAUCGGCACCUGUUUAGUGUGUGUGUUUGUGUGUCUGUGUGUGUGUAUCUGUGUGUCUGUCUCUGUGUGUGUGUGUGUGUAUGUGUGUGUGUGUGUGUGUAGGUGUCUUUCAAACACAGGGAGCUGGUCUCCCUUUUCUAUCUCAGCUCUAUUUCUAGGAAAACGUUUUUUUAAUAUUGCUAUGAUCUCUUUUUUUUUUUUUUACAAUGUUGUAGUUUGCAUCUUUGUAUUUCAUAUUUUAAUUUACAUUAAGGUGAACAUAAACAAGGUUGCUUUGACAACGCAAUAAAUUAUGCUUUUGAGGUUAUACUACCUGCAUGUUAAGCACCACCUGUGCAUUUCUUGCAUUUAUCCCAUGUGUGUGAAUGGCCUAUGUGAACCCACAACCACUAGUACAUUGAGGAAUCAUGCACACGUUUGGUUUUACAGCAACAGUUCCAACCGGAUAGAUCCGUUAGAUAGUAUGAGUGCAGACUGCUACUGUAACAUUCCCUUACAACUUUACUCCCAAAUUUUACCUUAACCUUCUUCUUUUAACCCAUCUUGUCAAUUCUGUUGCUCUAAAACUGUUUUCUCUAGACAUAUUUUUCAUAAUUUAUCGUUCUUUCAAUUUAACUUUCUUUAAAAGUUCUGUCAGGACCAAACAAAUAACCACUAAAAGUACAGUAAAUGAAGCUCUUUAAUAGCAACUAGCCGCUGCUCUUCAAACUGCAACAACAUAGGCUACUUUUAGCCUUAUGGGUGGAACUCAUUCAGAUUCUUUAUUCUUUCAUUUUUUGUUUCACAAGGGUAACUUUUGUUGAUCAAAAGGAUGGAAAAGCAAUAAAGCAUUACAAAAAA